AUGGCGCUCAAGGCGCUGCGUUUGGUUUUGUUCCUGGUCUGGUGGGACUCGGCCGCCUCUUCCAAUGCUCAGUUUGGUCAACCUUCAGAAUACAGUACACCAAACUGUCAUCAGUAUACAUUACCAGGAUGUCCCCGGGACUUCAACCCCGUGUGUGGAAGUGAUUUGUCCACUUAUCCCAAUGAGUGUACUCUGUGCAUGAAAAUCAGGGAAGAUGGUCGUGAUAUUAAAAUAAUCCGAAGUGGACCCUGCUGA